AUGUAUGACGACUCUUUCGCGCCCGGGUUUGAGGACUCGGAGGCGGGCUCGGCCGAUUCCUACACCAGCCGCCCGUCUCUGGACUCCGACGUCUCCCUGGAGGAGGAUCGGGAGAGCGCCCGGCGCGAGGUGGAAAACCAGGCCCAGCAGCAGCUGGAGAGGGCAAAGCACAAGCCCGUGGCUUUUGCCGUGAGGACCAAUGUCAGUUACUGUGGCGUGUUGGAUGAGGAGUGUCCUGUGCAGGGCUUGGGCAUCAACUUCGAGGUUAAAGACUUUCUGCACAUCAAAGAGAAAUACAGCAAUGAGUGGUGGAUCGGGCGGCUGGUGAAGGAGGGAGGGGACGUCGCCUUCAUCCCGUCCCCGCAGCGGCUGGAGAGUGUCCGCCUCAAGCAGGAGCAGAAAGCCCGGAGAUCAGGAAACUCCACCGGUUUGGGCGACGUUGGUUCUCGGCGCUCCCCUCCGCCAUCUCUAGCCAAACAGAAGCAAAAGCAGGCGGAGCACGUACCUCCCUAUGACGUGGUGCCCUCCAUGCGGCCUGUGGUCCUGGUGGGGCCCUCCCUGAAGGGGUAUGAGGUCACAGACAUGAUGCAGAAAGCGCUGUUCGACUUCCUCAAACACAGAUUCGACGGAAGGAUCUCCAUCACCCGCGUCACCGCCGACCUCUCCCUGGCCAAGCGCUCCGUACUCAACAACCCGGGCAAGAGGGCCAUCAUUGAGCGCUCCACUGCCCGCUCCAGCAUCGCCGAGGUCCAGAGUGAGAUCGAGCGGAUCUUCGAACUGGCCAAGUCGCUGCAGCUGGUGGUGCUGGACGCCGAUACCAUCAACCACCCGGCCCAGCUGGCCAAGACCUCGCUGGCCCCCAUCGUGGUCUACGUCAAGGUGUCUUCCCCCAAGGUGCUGCAGCGUCUGAUCCGCUCCCGGGGGAAAUCCCAGGUCAAACAUCUGAACGUGCAGAUGAUGGCAGCUGACAAGCUGGUGCAGUGCCCGCCGGAACUGUUUGAUGUGAUCUUGGACGAGAACCAGCUGGAGGAUGCUUGCGAGCAUCUGGCAGAGUACCUGGAGGUGUACUGGCGGGCGACCCACCACCCAGCUAGCGGGCAGAGCCUGCUCAGCCCACCCACUGCCAUCCCUGGCCUGCAGAACCAGCAUCUGCUGGGGGAGCGGGGAGGCGAGGCGUCCCCGCUGGAGCGGGACAGCCUGAUGCCCUCGGACGAGGCCAGCGAGAGCUCGCGCCAGGCCUGGACCGGCUCCUCCCAGCGCAGCUCACGCCACCUGGACGAGGACUACGGGGACGCCUACCCGGACCUGUACCAGCCCCACCGCCAGCACACCUCGGGGCUGCCCAGUGCCAACGGCCACGAAGCCCAGGACCGGCUCCUCGACCGGGACUCUGAGCACAACCACAACCAGAGAAACUGGCAGUGUAACCGGGCCUGGGCCAAGGACAGCUACUGACGGCCACCGCCUCCCCCGCCUCCCCGCCCCGAGACGGGGCGGGCCGGCUGCCUUUAGGCUCUGCCCCUUCCUCCGCCGGUUCAGACCCUGGCACACCUCUCCUUCCUGCACAAGCUGCCACCAUGGGCAGUGCCCUCAGGCUGGGACUCCCGUAGGCACAGCCCCUACAGGCUCAGGGAAGGCCCCCCCUCUGGGGGCGACAGGGGAUGGCCAAGUGCCCGAGGCUCCCUCCCAGCUCCACACUAGAAAUGAGACAAUCACUGCCCUCCCCACCCUUCGGCAGGAUUUUGGGGGGGACGGGGGCAGGGAGGAUGGAGGAGCACAGAGAGGGAGCCUCUCCUCUCACUUUGGCUCCAACCCCAGCCCCCACCCGCCCACCCUGGGGACUCCUAACCCUCCCGUGAGACCUCUGACCCCGGGCUCCUCCUCUCCCCAGCUUAUAGUCGCAGCUCCUGAGUUAGACCUCGUAGUUGGGGGAGGAGGGAGGGUGGGGUUGGGUCCCACGGCCCUCCUCCUCUGGCACUGAGUGGCCCUCGCGCCCACCCCAGCCCAGCCCCAGGCAACAGAGCACGCCCAGAGAGCAUGCCCCAUGUGCCCAAGGACCGCCCCUCUGCAGUCCUCACCAAUAAACACCAUGCACUGCCCUCCGGCCCCGCUUCUUA